UCUCCCUCUCUCUCUCUCUCUCUCUCUCUCUCUCUCUCUCUCUCUCGCUGAAAACAUACCUCCUCUCUUCAUUUAUCUCUCACUCCUCUUCUGUCUCCCCUCCCUCUUGGAUCUCUGCCUAGCUACUGCUCUCCCUGUCUGUUCCCCUUCAUCCCUCCUUCAGCCGCUCUGUGUUUCUCUCGUGGAUCCUCCCAUCUCUUCCUGUCUCCUCUGAAGCUGUCACUGUCUCGUGUGUGGAAACAUGUCAACCGUUCUGGAUGUGGAGCAUAAUGUAUGCACUGGAGAUGCAGUGGAGCAUGACAUUGAGACGCCCUACGGUGUGCUCCAUGUGACCAUGAGUGGAAGCCCUAAAGGCAACUGUCCCGUCAUUCUGACCUAUCAUGACAUCGGCCUCAACCACAAGUCCUGCUUCAACACACUGUUCAACUUUGAGGACAUGAUGGAGAUCACUCAGCACUUUGCCGUUGUGCACGUGGACGCCCCUGGCCAGCAGGAGGGAGCACCCCCCUUUCCCACAGGGUACCAGUACCCCACCAUGGAUGAGCUGGCAGAGAUGUUGCCCUCAGUCCUGACUCAGCUAAAGGUGAACAGUGUGAUUGGCAUUGGUGUGGGAGCAGGAGCAUACAUCUUAACCCGCUUUGCUCUCAAUCAGCCGUCCCUAGUGGAGGGGCUGGUUUUGAUCGAUGUGGACCCCUGCGCUGAGGGCUGGAUAGACUGGGCUGCUUCUAAACUCACUGGGUGGACUAGCAAUCUAGUGGACAUUGUGAUGGCUCAUCACUUCAGCACUGAGGAGCUGACUGACAACCAAGAACUGAUUCAGACGUACCGCCUGCACAUUGCCCAGGACAUCAACCAGGACAACCUGGCCCUCUUCUGUGGUUCAUACAAUGCGCGUCAAGAUCUUGGAAUCGAAAGGCCAGUUGUUGGACUCAAUGAGAAUACAGUGAAAACACUGACAUGCUCUGCUCUUCUGGUGGUUGGAGACACUUCCCCUGCUGUUGAGGCUGUGGUUGAAUGCAACUCUAGGUUAAAUCCAACAAAGACCACUUUGUUGAAGAUGGCUGACUGUGGCGGUCUGCCUCAGGUUGUUCAGCCUGGAAAGCUGGCCGAAGCCUUCAAAUACUUUGUACAGGGAAUGGGAUACAUUCCUCAUGUUUUGCUCAGCCAUCUGAGCUCUGAAUCAGUACCAGCGGCUGGCAUGACCCGUCUGUCUCGGUCCCGAUCCUCCUCGUCCGGCAUCACAUCCACGGAUGGCUCACGCAACCGCAACCUUAACAGCCCUCUGGACGGGCCCAACUCUGGAGUCCUGGACAACCAGGCCAGGCCACAAACGAUGGAGGUGUCCUGCUAAAGCCCAAGGCUCACAGUCUGCUGUCUGCUGUCACUACACCCCUCACCUCCUGUUGUUCGUGUCAAGAUUCCCACGUGUUUCUAAAGCCUUUAAUAGUGAGGCAGGGGAGGCUUGAAUGAAAUGUAUGACAUACUGAAGGUAUGCACAUUGAGUAUAUACAUAUUAAUAUACACUAGUAAAAUUUUAAGUCAUAAAAGCAGAUAAAAUGAAAGACUAAUAUAUAUUUACACAUGAAAGGUCUUCCACCAGGCUUUUUUGCCCUUUUUUAUAUUUGUUAGCAUUGCAUGAUUGUUCAAGUGAAAAGGUUCCACUCUCAUUUAAAUUAAAAGUAAAUGCAUUAAAAUUGUAGUUUUUGUUUUAUGGUGUGACCUGUGACCUCUCCUGUGCUCUUAUCUUGCUACACUCUGUGAUAUUGUUUAACUGUGCUUUAAAUGCCUGUCGUGUUCUGUCACUGAAUCCACUUUUCUGUUCAUCCUAUGAAUGUAAUGAAUGUGUAAGAACUGACUUUUGUUGUAUUUAUAUUAAAAACUCUGAUAGGUUAUACUAAAAGUCGUCAGCUAUUAGGUGAUCAAUGCUUUUGAAGACUUUGGAUGACUCAUCAGACAAAAGAAGUGGAAUAUCAUUUUUUAUUUUCAUUUUCAUAUUUGUUUCUUUUACACUAAUUCUUACAUUAGGCCAUCGCUCUUUUAAAUAUGCAAAACAAAAGUAGCAAGGACUAAGUAUGUCUUAAAUCUUGUUUUUCUUUUGUAUAUUUACUCCCUUACCAUUUGUAACAUAAUUAUUCUGAAUUAAAACAUAAAUUAAUGUACACAUGGAAUGACAGCUUUCAUAAACAUGAAGACAAGAUGAAAUGGUGUCUGCUAAAGUCACUAUCCACUGAUUCUCAAUUACUAAAUAAAGUUAGAUCAUGGAAAAUAA